AAACAAGAUCCUGCUACCACAGGAAAGCGGCCUGCCCCUAGUCAGCAGGCCGGCGCGCACCGGCCUGCUCUGCACACGCAAGCGGCUACCCGGCGGGCAAGACACAGCAACGCAGGCUGCGGCCCGGGCAGCCUGACGGGGUCCUGCAGCCCGGAUGCAAGAUGGCGGCUCCCACGGCGGGGAGGCUUGCGGCGCUGGGCUGUCGGCUGGCCUCUCCCGCGCGGGCCUGGCUGCCCAGGCUGACCCAGGUGAGAUGGAGCCAGUAUGGCCCCAGUUACCUCGAACCAGAAGUGAACAAGGAGGUGUACCGCAAACCCCUGGAGGAGCUGUCUGAGGAGGAGAAAAUGCAACAGGAGCUCAAGGCCCUCCAGCUUAUAAAAGCUACCCCUUCUAAUGUCACCAGCUCUGUGUUCAGUGACCCUACAAUCAGUAAAUUCACCAACAUGAUGAUGAAGGGAGGAAACAAAGUGCUGGCCAGAUCCAUCGUUACACAGACCUUAGAAACCAUUAAGAGGAAGCAGAUUGAGAAAUACCAUCAAGCCUCUGAGGAGGAGAGGGAGAGCAUUGAGUGCAACCCUUACAUCAUCUUCCAUCAGGCACUGAAAAACUGCCAGCCCAUCAUUGGACUCUGCAACAUCCAGAAAGGAGGCAAAACCUACCAGGUCCCAAGCCCCCUGAAGGACAAUCGGAAACGCUUCCUGGCCAUGAAGUGGUUAAUUACUGAAUGCAGGGAACAUAAGCAUUAUCGGACAUUCAUGCAUGAAAAACUAUCCCAGGAACUGCUGCAGGCCUUCAACAAUGAGGGCCCUGUGAUCAAGAGAAAGCAUGACAUGCACAAGAUGGCCGAGGCUAACCGGGCGUAUGCCCAUUAUCGCUGGUGGUAGGGGACCCCCUGAGAGCAAGAGACCUUGCCUUACAACAACAAGAACAUUUCGUCACACUCCUAUACUUGUGGAGCCCAGACCUGUGAAGAAGUAGCCUCCGUCUACUUUCUGGAGAGAUGAUGUAUAGGGGAGGUUGCCUGCCAGCUUCUGUUAACUGCUUCUAGGCUGGGUCCUUAAGCAGAUAAAAAUCAAGAUGAAAGAUGCACCCAUAAAAGCCUCAUUUCCUUUAGAUAUUUUUAUGAGCAACACUAUAUAAAAUUUCCUCUUUCCUCCAUGUACCUGCUUUCUGAGAGCAGGGGAGGGGAUGUCUUCAAGUCAGUCUACUCACAUGAUAAACAAGUUUUUGCUCUUGUUAGCAUCCAAGCCAAGGGUGAGCAAGCUGGAAUGUACUGUGAAUGUUCUUUAUGUGUAUCAAUGCUAGAGACAGAAAAGAGCCCAGUUUGAAUUUUAGAUUGUUGCAAUACUGUCUGUUAGCAGAAUCAUUGUUUGACUGAGCACAUGUGACCUGGAUGUUAAUGAGAAAAUAAAAAUGGAACCUCUCUAUCAUCCUCA